AUGUGCGCUAAAUCUCAUCUCAAAGGACAUGGAGUACAGCAGCUUGGCAUGGCCAGUGUCUGGGUUGACCGCUUCCCUCGGACCUCCGCUCGACUGCUGGACGAAAUGGAUUCUAUCCUUGGAUUUAAGCUGUCGCGCAUCAUCUCCGAUGGCCCUAACUCCCUUUUGAACCGAACUGAGAAUGCUCAACCUGCUAUCAUGGCUGUCUCCGUUCUCAUCCUGAGGAUUCUCGAGGAUGAGUAUGGUUUUGACACUGCUUCCAGAGUCGACGUGACCUUGGGUCACAGUCUGGGUGAAUUUACUGCGCUGGUCGCGGCUGGCUAUUUAAAAUUCGCCGACGCGCUCAAAUUAGUCCGCCGCCGAGCUGAGGUGAUGGCUCAAUGCACUCGACACGCGGUCGCGCAAUCGGGCGAAACGUAUGGAAUGGUAGCGCUCAUCUGUGAGCCCGAUCACAUCGAGAGUUUGCUCAAAACCGUUCAUGAAUUUCUCGGACUAGCCACCUCCUGCUUCGAUGACACCAGCCACGCUUCAGCCCCGAUUCAGAGGGUGAUGGUGGCGAAUAUCAAUUCUCCUAACCAGAUAGUGCUCAGUGGAAGCAUUGAAAGAAUCAGAAGCCUUCUAGUUCAAUUGCGUCAGUUUGGGGGGCAUGAUCCUCGCGCCGUGAGGUUGAAAAGUGACAGCCCUUUCCACAGUCCUGUAAUGGCCCCGGCGGCCCAAUACAUGAAGAACGCCAUCGAAGGCAUGGACAUAACCUUCCCAUCGAUUAUGCCGUGUAUUUCCAACGUGUCGGCGUUGCCGUUUCGGUCCAAGGAGGACCUCAAGACUCUGCUAUCCAGGCAGUGCACCGAUACAGUACGAUGGUGGGAUAGCAUUCGCUACCUUCAUCAGGAACGGGGAGUGAGACGAUGGAUUGGCAUCGGACCUGGAAAAGUGGGCCGAAAUUUGGUUGGCAAAGAAGUUGGCCGAGUGGACAUCAAAGGAGGUGGCGUGUGGGCUAUCUGCAAUCCCAGGGAAAUGGAGGAUACCAUCCUUGGCUUGGAACAGACCGAAUCCGAAGUCCGAGCCGGCUGA